AUGGCUCAGUCAAAGGAAGGAUACCGACUUUCAUAUGUCCCACUCAAUGAUGAGCCCGAAAGCUCAGGCAGGGCCAAAGUGAGACCUUUAUCUUCGGCAGAGCAGGUGUUUCUCCAAUCCCAGGCGCAUGGAUUCUGGGGUGCUAGCUGGACCUGGGAGAUUCUGAGUUGUCUCACAUCGAUUGUCUUUUUUAUCGCUCUUAUUCUGGUGCUUUGGCAAUAUGAUGGAAAGCCAAUGCCUGAUUGGCCUUAUGGCAUCACUCUCAACGCGCUGGUGUCCGUUCUCAGUACAGUGAUGAAAGCAACCAUGGCAUUUAUUGUUGCUGAGAGUCUAGCUCAACUGAAAUGGUCGUGGUUCAGCGGCGGGAAUAAGCUAAGUGACCUCGCUAUGCUUGAUGCUGGUAGUCGUGGGGCUAUGGGUUCUCUUCUUGUUCUACUGAGAACAACCCCUCGACACCUGGUCACUCUUGGAAGUUUGGUACUAGUCGUCGCAACUGCCACAGAUCCAUUUGUUCAGCAGGUGAUGGCUAUAAAAGAACGACCCAUACAUGCCCCUGGAAAUGCCUCGAUCCAGGUUUGCAAUACUAGCAUGUAUACGGACUAUGGCGAAGGUCCAGGACCAGGAUUGAACCAGGUUCUACUACCAACUCUGGGGGCUAUUUACUCUGGAAUUUUCCAGACACAGAAUUCCAAUGCCAAAAAUGUCAUGAUGGACUGCCCAAGCGGCAACUGUACCUUUUCACGAUAUCAAUCCAUGGGAUUUUGCAGCCGAUGCGCCAAUAUUACGGAUGCACUUGUCCUUUCGAAAUCCGCGAUUGUCCCCAGUGAGCCAACUUACCAUUACAAAUUACCAAAUGGAUUCAUGUUCUCAACUUCUAUCAACAACAUAUACUUGAUGAACUCAACAUCGAGUCGGAAUCUUAUCCGGUUAAACACAACCGGAUCGACUCCUAUAGUGAAUUUCACUGCAAUCAGUGCCGCAGGAUACGGGGUUCCGCCUCAAGUCAGCGCCACGGAAUGUGCCCUCUUCUUUUGUGUUGACACUUACGAGGCGGGUGUAGAAGGGGGUACAUUUUCCGAAACCCGGACCUCAUUCUCUACAGCAGAAAACACUUCCUCUGUUGUUGAAGACUUUUCCCUGAUCCCAGAUACCUGUUAUGUGAAUGGAACGCGCGUGGAGAAACCAUACAAUGACACAGACGAUUGCAUUUACAACGUCAAUUGGUUAAGUAGAUUGUCUAUGUACAACUCGAUUUCCCCACUUCUCAAGGGGAAAGGGUCUCUAGGCAUGUCCAACCGACCAAGCUGGAGUUCUAAUACUGUGGAAGCUCUUUAUGGCACAUAUGGAAACUUUACAGACAUCAACUCGGUUUUUCUGUCACUAGCCUCCACACUCACUAUCAAUUCCCGCUCUCAAGUCUGCCAGGAAAAGGUCAGUGGGAUUCCGUGGACUAUCCAGUCAUUUGUCCAUGUCAGAUGGAAAUGGAUGAUUCUUCCGGGGCUACUUGUUGUGCUGAGCAUGAUCUUCUUGGGGAUCACGGUUGUGCAUACCAGAAAUCAGUAUAUUUGGAAGUCUUCUCCUUUGGCUCUUCUUUUCUCCAAUCUACUGAUUGAUGAGCCUCUUGAAUUGAAAUCCAAUCCAACUCUUAAAGGCAUGGAGAAUACUUCAAGGAAGAUGGAAGUUCUGCUGGAAACUACGAAUGAAGGUGUCCGGUUGAAAGCAGUUCCUCGAUCUUGA